AUGGCAUCUUUUUCAGAUGAGCACGGUAACCGUUAUCCGGGCACCAUCCCUCCUGCGGACUUAAGGAUUGGCAGGGGUACACGCCUGAACAAUGACCCUGUGAUUGAGGCCCUGAAGGAGUACAAAUUGGAAUGGGAGCAGUACACUGUGGCCAUCCCUGGGUUUGGGGCCUUCCCCGCCCCUCCUCGCGAGCAGCCACAGCCGGGAAUUCGACCUGAAGGGUAUGCAGUGCGCUUUGGGGUUCCCCCUAAUGCGCAGGCGUUUCACCAGGCAGGACCGGGUCAGGCUGACGUCAGACCCCCCCCGGUUCAGAUCCCGCCGAACUACGGGUUUGGGGUAAACCUUGAACAAACCCCGGCUGCCCUGCCUGCACAGACGCCGGCAAUGAGAAUCUUGCAAGGGGGUUUGAAUAACCCCUAUCAUCCUGCAUCCACUGCCAGGUUGGAGAAGACGAUUCGACAGUUGGUGUCUAAGGGGACUCUGGAGUCUCAUUUGACGUCCGUCCUGAGAGAGAUCAACCCGAAGCUGACCGCAUGGCACACCAAGGCGACCUACCUCUUCGACAUCUACCAGGAGUCGGAUUCUCAAGUGGCACAUCUGAUGUCAGCGGUUUACCUAUACGCCACGCGACUCAACUACGUCUCGCCGGAUUUGGAGUGGCUCUCCAACGCUUUCGUGGCGGAGAGAAAGAUGAAAAUCGAGCAGGCAGGGGACAGCACGACCUGGACGGCGGAGACGCGGGCGACUUUGGAAGCGGACAUCCGCCAUGCCUUCUUUGAUAGCAAGGCAAAGGCGGACACACUGCUGGGGAAGGGUGUAGUCCGCCCCCUCUUCGACCCUGACAAGCCGCCCAGGAGAAACAACGUCAGCUACCAGGGCGCAUGGAACGCUCCGCCUCCGGGCGGAAGACCAAACUUCGGAGGCGGAACGGGCGGCGGCCGCGGAAGGUUCGUGUGA